ACAAUGGCUCCAAUGUUCUGGGCACUUGCUUUGGCCACUCUUUGUUUAAGUGCCCAGGCACAAGAACAUGCACCAUCAAAAUUGCCAACUUCAACCCCCACUGUACCAAUAACAGUACCAUCUUCCCCCACUAAACCAACCAUUGUGGCAGAAUCACCACUUCCUAAGGUUGUUGUAUCUCCAACAUCAUCCGUUCCUGUUAAAUCACCACUUCCUAGGGCUACAUCUCCCACAUCUGCUCCUGUCAAAACACCAGUUCCAAGGACUACAUCUCCAACAUCUGCUCCUGCUAAAACACCACUUCCUAAGACCACAUCUCCAACAUCUUCUCCUGUUAACUCACCACAUCCAAAAACUACAUCUCCAACAUCUGCUCCUGUAAAAACACCACUUCCUAAGACUUCAUCACCAACAUCUGCUCCUGCUAAAACACCAUUUCCUAAGACUUCAUCUCCAACAUCUUCUCCUGUUAAAUCACCACAUCCAAAGACUACAUCUCCAACAUCUGCUCCUGUUAAAACACCUGUUCCUAAGCCUGUUUCUCCAAAAUCUGCUCCAGUAAAACCACCACUUCCCAAGGCUACAUCUCCAACAUCUGUUCCUGUGAAGCCACCUGUUCCCAAGGCUACAUCUCCAACAUCUGUUCCUGCGAAAUCACCUGUUCCUAAGGUUACAUCUCCAAUAUCUGCUCCUGUAAAAUUACCGGUUCCAAAGAUUAUAUCUCCAGCACUUGCUCCGGUGAAAUUACCGGUUCCUGAAGCCAUAUCUCCGACAUUUGCUCCUCUUGAAUCGCCAGUUCCAGUGAUUGCAUUUCCAAUAUCUGAUCCUUUUACAUUCCCUGAUCCCGUAGUUGCAGCUCCAACAACUCCUCCGGUGAAACUACCAACUCCACGAGUUAAACCAUCAUCGUUAGCUCCUGCAAAAUUACCAAUCGCCAAGGUUUUACCACCACCAUCUGCUCUUUUGAAAUCACCACCUCCCUUUGCGAAUAGUGCAGCAGGGUACCAUAUGCAAGGGAAAAAGAUGUGGUGGAGCAUUGGACUAGCUAUUUCCAUUUUGUUAUCUGUCACCAUUUGAGGCUUGCACCAGCUGCUAUAUAUAAGUCUUAUGUGACCAUUGGGUUUUGCAAAAGUUGAAAAGUCAUUAUUUAUUAUAAUUCAAAAAUGAUAUAUUAUGAUCA